CAUGCCUUCAUUCCACUGGGACAGAAUAUUGGUUGGAAUUACCUGUUGCGUAGUUACCGUGACCCUUUGGGCACUGUGUAUUUGGCAGCUUGUCCUCAGGUUUAAAAUAGACACUACAGAAUCCGUGGUACCUCCAUGCUUCUGCCUCAAUGGUGGCGUCUGUCGGGAUGGAGUGUGCGUGUGCCCAGAAGAGUGGGUGGGAUCUCUGUGUGAGAUAGUUAAUUUCUGUGAAGCCAGUACUUGCACAGUGAACAUUUCUGAAUGCAUUAUAAAAAACCUUACUUUUGAACAGAUUAUAGUGGGUAAAUAUGGCAACUCCAAAGAAAAAUGUGAACCUGAUACUGUGAAUGGCAACACUUGAAUAGCAAUCUGGAUGUGCUCCAGAGAAGGGAGAACUCCUACUUUAAAGCCCUCCAAAAUUCUGAAUUGUAAUGAAAAUCUGGAGUCCCUAGCAUCACAGGUUGAAGCUGUGGACUCCAGCAAUGUUUCAGCUAUUGCAAGUAACACCCAAAUCCUCACCUCCAUGCCAGACCAAGUGACCACACAGAACAUCUCUGCUGCUGCUGCGAACAUCGCAGUGCAGAUUCUGAAAAAGCCAAAUGUUUCAGAGGACUCUCAGGCAUCUGUGGCAAUAAUGGCUACCGUGAGUCAGCUCUUGGAUGCCAAUGAAACAGAAUUCAACCACAAUAAUCUUGUCAAUGUUACAAGCAGCCUCAUGAAAACAAUGGAGGAAUUUUCGUUGACUGGCAACAUCUCACAGCCCAACGUUGCAAUCCAGUCAGCUCCACUGAAAUUAAACUCCUCUACGAUUCUCUUUUCAGCAAAGAGAGGUUCAUCAGACAAUGGAAGAGUUGGCUUUGUCCUGUAUCAAAAUUACAAACUCUUCCAGUCAAGGAUUUAUCAGAGUCGCAGUAGUUUCUCUAAACAAAUCAUCUCCGGCAACAUUGACAGUAGAAUAACCAGCGGUGCUGAAAUAGCCUUCAGUCCCAAGUACAACACAUCCGAACUGCAGCUGCGUGAUCAUGCCUGUGUCUUUUGGGACUACACUGUCAACGACUGGAGCACCACCGGCUGUGCAAAAGGAAGAGACCCGUUCUUGAGAUGCAGGUGUCAUCACACCACUAAUUUUGCUGUCCUGAUGGCCUUUCAGAUUAAAUAUAUAUAUGCAAAGCCUUUGGAAUAUAUUUCUAACAUUGGUGUUGGAUUGUCCGUGGCUGGUCUGGUCAUUACCAUUUUGUUUCAAAUAUUCACUAGGAAAACUUGAAAGUCAUCUGUAACAUGGAUGUUAGUGAGUCUCUGUUUCUCUAUGCUCAUUUUUAACAUCAUCUUCAUCUCUGGAAUUGAAAACCAAAAUGCCAGGAAUAACAGCAGUGAUACCACCAGCCACUACCAGCUAUACCUUCUGUAUGAUACCGCCAGUAACACCUUACUCACAUCUGACAUGUUAGAUCCUCCCGCAGACUCCUGGUGUAUAGCCAUGGCUGUCCUACUGCACUAUUUUUUGCUGGUGACAUUUAUGUGGACAGCACUCAAUUCUGCACAGUUGUACUUACUGCUGCUUAGAGCCACGAAGUCCCUGCCUGGACACUUCCUCAUAACCAUGUCAGUAAUCGGAUGGGGAAUCCCUGCUUUAGUAAUUGCAAUAACACUUGGAGCUACUUACAGAGAAGGAAAAGCUUUAAACUACCAACAGGAAGAAUUUUGCUGGCUUGCAGCACUGGAUCAAAAUCAGAAUUUCAGUGUGCAAAAGUCCAUGUUGUGGUCAUUCCUUUUGCCAGUAGCACUCAUACUCUUGUUCAACAUCAUCAUCUUCAUGAAGAUCAACGUCUCUGUGAUAUGGAAGAAGAAUGAGAAUUUGACAAGGAAUAAAAAGGAUUCAUUUAUGAAAAAGAUGAUUGGCACUAUCACUAUAGUGGUAGUGCUUGGAAUCACCUGGACGAUAGGCUACCUCAUGUUAAUAAGUCAUGAAGAAACAAGUCUUGUUUUCAGCUAUUUGUUCUGCAUUUUGAAUGCUACCCAGGGACUUCAGAUUUGUAUUCUCUAUACUUUCAGAUCACCAAUCUUCAAGAACGAAGUUUCUGAAGUGUUUCCUGUUUUCUGGCUGCGAGAGGUACCGCAGUAUCUGCAUUCAAAAACUUACUAUGUUUCAAAAUCACAGCCUGCAAAACAUUCACAGGAAACUUUCAGAUCAACUCAGACUUUUUCAGAGAAUAUUUUCUUGUCUACCUUCCCUAACUGGAGUUAGAAACAUGUAAAUAUGUGAAACAUAAUCCUGCAUUUUUCAUGGUUUAUGUAGAUCUCACAGGUAUCUUGCAUGAUGGACAUACUACUCGAGCUGCAGGUAGCUUGGAAUAGAUCAUAAGCCAAGACCACCAGAAGUCAAAAGUAGGACCACAGGCUAGCAAGGCUGUACGAUUGUUAAGCAGCAAUGAAGUGCUAGAUCAUCUUGAUAUUAUUUGUACUGUGUGACACUGAGGAAGGUCUUUGAAAGGAUUUGACAUUAUUAUAGUUUUGUAUUACAGUACAGAUGUAUGGAAGUUGCUCUAUUCAUGCCCUUCUCAUUUUUCAGGCCUGUUGAACAUGUUUACUUAGCCUCUGCACUGUAGCUCUCCUCUCCCUUUUGUAAGAAUAAUUUCAAUUUAAUUGGAAACCAAAAGGUAAAUCAACAAACAGCACAGUUCUUACUGGCUCUGGGUCCAAAUUCUACUUACUACUUCUAUAAUAUGUUGGCUUGGUCUUUACAGAAGAAGUUGUGGAUGCCCCGUCCCUGGAAGUGUUCAAGGCCAGGUUGGACGGGGCUUUGGGCAACCUGGUCUAGUGGAGGGUGUCCCUGCCCAUGGCAGGGGGGUUGGGACUAGGUGAUCUUUGAGGUCCCUUCCAGCCCAAACCAUUCUAUGAUUCUAAGAAAAUCUGUAUCUUAGAAUGGUCUUUUAAAUUUCUCAGCUAAAACUUCUUUAAUAUAAAUGGUAAUUAGACAAAAUAUUCUGUUUUCAUAUGAGAAAAUGAAAAAAAAAAAGUUAGAUGCUUGAAGAAACAGGCUAGGAAAGAAAUUCUUUAUACAUAUGUAACAUAGGUCCUAUUCACACGACCCCAGCUUUAGCCUGUGAUAGGAAGCAUUUCCUCUUUUGGAGGCAGGUGGGUGUUGCCAGAAUAGCAGCUGGAGUGCUUCAGCUAGCAUCCUGCUCUGAACUGACUUUGUCUCUCUGUCCUUUGACUUUAUGGGCAGCUUGGAAGAGGGGCCCUUGACCUAAGCAUUAAGAGUUUGGUUUCUAAACUUUGGCUGUAAGUAAAUAUACAUCCUCCCCCUUCUCCAUCCACCUUUUAUUAAAUUAUUCAUUAUGAAAAGGUUAAAAGCAAUGUCAAAGGGACAGGGGAGAAGAGUUUCUGGAUGUUUAAGUGAGGUAUAAGGGAAAAGGAGAGUACCUUGAUGGAAGGAAGUGUAUGGCGGCUUGAACACAAUGGGUGUGUGAAGUGCAAGCCGCUUUCAUUUUUUCUGAAAAUCAGUGUGGUGUGUUUUGAAACUUCCAAGCUGCUUGAAAUAAGGUCACAGGCAUGAUUCAGCAUGUGAUGGCUGAAUAUUUGGGCAUCAUACAUGAGACUUUCUGACUAUCUUCACAGAAUCAUUUCAGCAGUCCUGAAAAGUUCUCCAUGUCUUAGAAAUCCAUGCUCUAUCAAGCAGAAAAUAAGUGCUCUCUAGCAUUGAUAAGUCUUCAGAAAGAGCAGUCACAUCAGUUCAUCGCCAGUGCUCCAGAAAAGGCAGAGGUCAUUAAAAGUUACCUAGGAAGGUGAUUCAUACUGUUUUUUGGAACAAGAAGUUUAUGUUUCCAUUGGCAUCUGUUUUUUUAUUUGUAAAUCAAAUGCAUAAUACCUGCUUUUGUCAAUACCUUCAAUUUCAUUGAAGAAAGAGUAUUUUAGAAAUUAUAGUGUGGUUUAGGAAGGAUGAUAUUUGAUUGUGUAGUAAAACACAGCUAGGCACUGUGAGGAUGGCUCCUUCAAUGAAUGAUAAUAUUUUGUAGUCUGUGAUAUUUUUCCCCACAAACAAGAAUAUUCUCUAAAGCACAUCCCAUUUAAUUUUGAACACAGAUCUGUUAAAAAACUAAUAAAUAUGCCUCCAUAUUAUACCAAAAACAAACAAAAAAACCCCAAAGAAAAAUUUGAAGUAUUGAAUUGGAAAAGUGUUGACUUUUUAAACAUCCUGUAUCUAAGUAUUUCAGAUGUUAAUAAAAUGCUGUUAUAGCCAACACUGAGCAUGUCUCACCUAACACAAAACAUUUUCAGCAUAAAACUCCCAUAAUUUUUUACAUUUUAUGGCUUUUUUUUUCAUUCAGGGAAUCUUAAUUUCAA